GUAAAGAUAUUUGAGAACACACCAUAGACAAAACACACAUUAUGCUUGUCUUUUUAAAACUCCACAAAUGAACCCGAGAUAGUGUGGCAAAUAAGAAUUCUCCGAAGAUUUAGAAAUAUGAAGUUUACUGAACAUCUAUCUGCGCAUAUUACUCCAGAAUGGAGAAAGCAAUAUAUAAAUUACGAGGAGAUGAAGGCAAUGCUAUAUGCAGCCGUGGAGCAGGCCCCAUCUGCCGAACUGGUGGAACCGGAGGUUCUUACGAGGUACUUCACCAAGUUCGAUGAACAGUUCUUCCAUUACUGUGACAAGGAGCUCACCAAGAUCAAUACCUUCUAUUCAGAGAAACUGGCGGAAGCAACUCGCAAGUUUGCGAACCUUUGCAGCGAGCUGAGCGAAGCGCAAGAGGAGGAGUUCAAGGGCAAGGACGGCCCUCUGCGCCGAGGCAAGAACAUUCUGAGGAAGAGGGACGUGCCAGCUCGCAAGAUGCAGGAGCUGAAGCUCGCGUUCAGCGAGUUCUACCUCAGCCUCAUCCUGCUGCAGAACUACCAGAACCUCAACUUCACUGGCUUCCGCAAGAUACUCAAGAAGCACGAUAAGCUGCUGAGCGUGGACAUCGGAGCCCGGUGGCGCAUGGAGAACGUGGAGUCGUCGCACUUCUACACCAACAAGGACAUCGACAGGCUGAUCCAGGAGACGGAGACGGUGGUGACCCAGGACCUGGAGGGCGGGGACAGGCAGCGGGCCAUGAAGAGGCUGCGCGUGCCGCCCCUGGGGGAGCAGCAGAGCCCGUGGACCACCUUCAAGGUGGGGCUGUUCUCGGGCUCCUUCAUCGUGCUGCUCAUCGCCGUCAUCCUCUCAGCCAUCUUCCACCACAGCAGGAAGGACUGGCACAUAGUGACGCGGCUGUACCGCGGCCCGCUGCUCGUCGUGGCCUUCCUGUUCCUCAUGGGCAUCAACGUGUACGGGUGGCGGUCGUCGGGGGUGAACCACGUGCUGAUAUUCGAGCUGGACCCGCGCAACCACCUGUCGGAGCAGCACAUCAUGGAGCUGGCCUCCAUAUUCGGGGUGGUGUGGGCCCUGAGCGCGCUCAGCUUCCUCUACAGCGACUACCUGAGCAUUCCCCCGUACGCCAACCCUCUGGCCCUCGUCACCAUCAUGGCUGUGUUCAUCUUCAACCCCACCAGGACCUUCCAGCACGAGGCGAGGUUCUGGGCCCUGCGGGUGCUGGGUAGGAUAGUGGCAGCACCGUUCUUCUACGUCCACUUUGCAGACUUCUGGCUGGCAGAUCAGCUGAACAGCUUGGUGGUGGUGCUGUUGGAUUUCCAGUUCACCAUCUGCUUCUACAUUUCCAACCCUAAUUGGAUGGAAGCCUCAGAUAGCAACAUGUGCUCGGACUUCCUGUGGGUGCUGCGGCCAAUAGUGACGUGCCUGCCAGCGUGGUGGAGGUUCUCACAGUGUCUGCGACGGUACCGCGACACCAAGGAAGCCUUCCCCCACCUGGCCAACGCUGGGAAGUAUGCCACCACCUUCUUCGUCAUACUGUUCUCCUCGCUGCAUUCUGCGUACUCAGAUAGAUACACCUUUGCUUCCGAUGAGCCUUACUUGUACCUGUGGGUGCUGGUGUCCAUUGUCAGCUCGUGCUACGCUUACACCUGGGACAUAAAGAUGGACUGGGGGCUCUUUGACUCAAAAGCAGGGGACAACAAGUACUUGAGGGAGGAAAUUGUGUACUCUUCAACUGGCUACUACUACUUUGCAAUCGUGGAGGACUUUGUCCUGAGGUUUGUGUGGGUGCUGUCGAUGUCGCUGACGGAGAUGGGCUACAUCCACGCCGACCUCAUGGUCACCAUCCUCACUCCGCUGGAAGUGUUCAGGCGUUUUGUGUGGAAUUUCUUUCGGCUGGAGAACGAGCACUUGAACAACUGCGGUAAUUUCCGAGCGGUGCGAGACAUUUCGGUGGCGCCCAUGGACUCGUCGGACCAGACCCAGAUCUUGCGCAUGAUGGAUGAGGAGGAUGGUGUGGUGAACAGGCGCAAGAAGAAGAGCUCCGGUGCGCAGGGCAAGAAGAAAGAGGAGCACCGACUGGUACUGGAGGGAGAGUCUACCGACGAUCCAGACAACUAGGCGGCACAACACUUCCUUCACUCUGCCACUUGAUUGGAAACCUUUUUUUUUUCAAAUACUAAAUUUGAAUUUCAGAUUUACUUUUCAGUUUGCGACAUUGCAGAACUGCUGAUAUGUUAAUGUUUUUGAAUUUUUUUUUAUGUGCAGCCUAUCCGCUAAAGGAGAAUUUAAAUGGGAAAAAUAAUGUAGGGUUAUGCCACAUUGAAAUGCAAAGAUAUUUUGGAUUAUGCUUAUAAUUUUAUUUGCAGAACUUCUAAAUAAUUUGCUGUAGAUUUUGUUUUUUUAGUUGGGAUUAGCGCCAUGUUAGGGUUGCAAACUAAUUGGUCCCAUAUUGUCUCAGUUGCUAGGCCCUGUAAGUUUUUUAAUGCUAUAUUUUGUUUUUAGUUCAGAUACGGGUGGUUCCUUAAACUCAUGCUCUCUAUUUCUUUAUGUUUACGGAAUAUCCGUGUAGCCAGCCACUUUUGAGCUGUGAGAAUAGUAAUUAGUUUUUAUGAGUGAUUAUUAUUAAUCAGUAUUACUAUUUAUAGCAGUAGGUAUUGUUAGCUAGUGAUACAGAUUUAGUAUUUUUAAUGUUUGUUUCAUUGAAACAUAGCUCUCUCUUUUUUAUUUCUUUUUAACAAAUUUUUUUUUUGGAAUAGCUGAAUUUUUUAUUUGCUCAAUGUUUAAAAUUUUUUUGAUAAUUUUUAUUUUGUGUGAUCUCUUUAGUCUGUAACAAUCUCCAUGUAUCUCGAUAACUAUGUCUAGCUAGUAUAUGUUGAUUAUUUUUAUGUAAAUGUGAUCGCUCCUGAGUCCUAGUGGUGCCCUUAAAGUUGGCAUUAUUGAAACUAAGCUCACAAGAAAUAUGAGAUUCUUAGUAGGCACUUAAACAUUUUUCCAUUGGUUACCUGAAAUGAAAAGUAUUUGAUGUUUCAAUGAAAUGUUUUACUGAUAAUUUUUAAGCUGGUGUUAAUAUAAUAUUGAAACUAAGAUUACAAGCAAUAUAAAAUUCUAACUAGGCAUUUAAACAUUUUUGCAUUGGUUCCCUGAAAUUAUUAGUAUUUGAUGUUUCAGUAAAACGUUUUAUUGAUACUGUAAGCUGGUGUUAAGAUAAUAUUGAAACUAAGUUUACGAUUAAUAUGGUAUUCUAAUGUUACCUGAAAUGAAUAUUUGAUGUUUCAGUAAAAUAUUAUACUGAUAAUUUUUAAGCUGGUGUUUUAAGAUAAUAAAGUAGAGUACUUGUUAUCAGUAUGGCAAUAUAUUAUGUUGAUACAUUUUCAUAAAAUAAAUUUUUAAUGUUUUUA